CUAGUUCAAUAUAAUUAUGAGAAAUAACUUUUGCUUAAUAUGUAAAAUAUAAACAGAACUAAUCAAUAGAAUUGAUAAUAAACUAAUUUACUUGGGCUUUCCUAUAUUUUAAAUUUAAAUCGAGUUUAUACACCUAUUUAAGUGCCUAAAUUAUAAGUUGAUACAAAUAAGUCCAUAAUCCAUAAUUCAUUAAGAUUAAUAGAUAAACUAAAAGAAGAUUAUUCUUGGAACUCCUUUUGUAUUACCUGAGACGAAAAAUAAUAAUUAUCUUUAAUCGUAUUAAUUAAUGAUGUUAUGAUGUAUUCUAUGGUAAAUAUAUCAAGUUUGCUAUCAGGUGGUGGUACUUUUUCGAAUCAAAUCCACAAUAAAUCAAAUAAAAAAGUCUCGAAAAAUGUAAAAUGCUUAAAAAUGAGUGCAUCAUUUAAAAUUUAUAUACUUUAUUCUCUCAUAAAGUCUGA